GCGGCCGGCGGGGGGCCGGGCGGCGGCGGGCCGGGCCGCGCCGGCGGGGCCGCGCCGCGCCAUGGCCCAGCAGCAGAUGAGCAGCUCGCAGAAGGCGCUGAUGCUGGAGCUGAAGUCGCUGCAGGAGGAGCCGGUGGAGGGUUUCCGCAUCACGCUGGUCGACGAGUCCGACCUCUACAACUGGGAGGUGGCGAUCUUCGGGCCCCCCAACACCCUCUACGAGGGCGGAUACUUCAAGGCUCACAUUAAAUUUCCUAUUGACUAUCCAUAUUCACCACCUACCUUCAGAUUCCUGACCAAAAUGUGGCAUCCCAACAUUUAUGAGAAUGGAGAUGUAUGUAUUUCAAUUCUUCACCCACCUGUAGAUGACCCACAAAGUGGAGAGCUGCCAUCUGAGAGGUGGAACCCUACCCAAAAUGUCAGGACUAUCUUACUGAGUGUAAUCUCUUUGCUUAAUGAGCCCAACACAUUCUCUCCUGCCAAUGUGGAUGCAUCAGUCAUGUUCAGGAAAUGGAGGGACAGUAAAGGAAAAGACAAGGAGUAUGCUGAAAUCAUUAGGAAACAGGUUUUGGCUACUAAAGCUGAGGCAGAGAAGGAUGGCGUGAAGGUCCCCACUACGCUGGCAGAGUACUGCAUCAAAACUAAAGUGCCUUCCAAUGACAACAGUUCAGAUUUGCUUUACGACGACUUGUAUGAUGACGACAUUGACGACGAAGACGAGGAGGAGGAAGAUGCCGACUGUUACGAUGACGACGAUUCUGGCAACGAGGAGUCGUGACCUGCUCCCUCUAUGCCCCUGUACUGCCCUGCCGACUCAGGCCAGAAGGGAGCAGCGGUAACCUAGCAGCAGUCCAGCAAAAAAGUGUGGGGGGGGGAUCAACAAACUUUUGUCUCCUGCUGUCUCCUGUUGUAUGGAUCUGUUUGCUCCUUUUUUAUGGACCUCUUAGAGACCCUCCACAGAAUGUCUGAAUUCUUGCAUUCUUAACCCUUUCAUCACUGUAUUAUGAUUUCUUUUUAAAAAAGAAACUCCCCUUUUCACUUCUCUACGAAACGCUCACAGCGAAACAGGUUUGCUCGCGUUUAGAUUUUUGAAUUAAAUACAGUCUUGCAUUGAGAUGUUUAAUGUAUUUAAAGCUGGAACAAACCCAUUGGAAGCUGGGUUUUUGGGAGCUCAAGUGCUGCAUUUACUGGGAAGAAAAAAAUCCACACAAAGCAAAUUGCCAAGGUUUAGCUGCUCCAUUUACAAUAAUAGCGUGUGUACAUUCGUUUAGCCUUGUGGUGGUGGCUUUUCCUUUUUAAGGUGUGGGGCGGAGAGUGUAAAGCUACUGUGUGUUGAGCUUGAUGGGAUGUUACUGAAAGGUACAGUAUUCCUUUUCAGCCUGCUCAAGUUAGGAAAUAGCUGGCCCUGGGAGCCUCAGAGGGCACAAUCAGCUUUGUCUCUGAAAAAGGCUUGUGAUAUGAACCCUAAAAUAAACACUUAACACUUCACGUCUGUACAACUGAGCCCUGGGUUGCUAUUUAUUUUUUUUCUUCAGACUAGGUUGGGGUUGGAAAAAGUCCUGUUCAGUUUUAUAGUGCUGCUGAUAUCCGCUGCCAGCUGCCCCCCUCCGAAGGGUGGAGACAGAUGUGCUUCCUGCGGCCACGUGGGCCUCCCCAGGGGCCCAGGGGCAACAGUAGGCUGUUUUGGCCAGUGUUCAUCCUGACCUUGUCUUUGGAAGUGGGAGAGGCUGAUAGGGGCUCUAGCCUCCUGCCCUGGUGCUCGCUAGCAGCCCUUGCUUCCUGCAGCUCAAAUCCAGUGCUCUCCUGAGCCUUUUCUGUUGUGCACGUAGGUCAUGAGGUGGCAAACGCAGUCCUGCUCUGGCUGUGCUGCCUGUGGGCUCUGGGAGGCAGGCAGGAGUUGAAGCUCUUUUCAACAGUGCCUGCCCCAGAGCCAGGGCCAGGCUGCUCUCCCUAUUGCAGGCGCUUUGGUCAGACUGCGGCCGUGUUGGUGGCAUGGGGCAGUGAGGUGUGUGCUGGGUGCUCCUGCUGCGUGCAGGCUGGGGUGCUGGGCAAGGCGGUCCUGCACCCCCACAGGCGAAAAGGGGUAUGGAGAUCGAAGGCUGGAAGAGGCCAGUGGUAGGGGUUGACAGGCUAUUUAGCAGUGUGCUUCAGCCAGUGCACUGAGCUUGGCCUCCUGCAUGUCCCUGGGAGCUCUUAGCAAAUCUUAGUCCCCCUUCCCUCUCAGGGAAUGGGGAUCCUGCAUGCUCUUUUCUGCAGAACCUGAUUACCCAGUCCCUCAGCACCCUAAACCCUUUGCAAUGUGUUCAUUUGGCUGCAGUGCAGGGGCCUGAAUUCACCUUUAGGAUGAUACCUUGUUCAGCAGCCAGUCCUGCCUUUGUGCGCUGAGCCCCGGCACUUCCAGGAACUCCUCACUGAAUGAGUGAGAGCCUGUGUGCUGUCCCUGCUUGGGUGAGCCCCUCCACUCCCACAGGUACAGAGCAAGUGACCCUGGAAAGAACUGCUGGCUCAAGCAUUUGCUUACGCCUCCCUCCUUAUCUCAGGGUUUUCAAUGGUACGUCACCAGCUGUGGUCCCUGAAGUGGUGCUUUGGUGGGAGCAAACUUUGCGUGAUGGGGUCUCCUGGUUGCUCUCGGCGUGGUGGUUCUGUCUGUUGGCCUGCAGACAUGUCCCUGGGGCGGUGAGCAGGUUGUGAGUGUGCAAGCCCUGCCCUCAGGGUAAGGAGGGGACAGCAGACCCCUGGGGAGCUUGGGGGGGGGGGGGGCAGCGCGUUUUGUAAUGUUCAGAUCCAUUUGCUGAAGUGAGGCAGAUGUUUGCAAUGUUACUGGGGCUGGGACUUGCUGCAGCAGAAACAGUUGCUGGCUGAAGUGCUGUGGCUGCCUUGUGGGGGGGGGGGGGGGGCGGGGCCUGCUCCUUCUUAACCCCACAGCAUGCCUGUAAAAUACAUCCUGCUGUACCAUGUGGCAUAAAGGCAGCUGAAGUGCUGGUGUCUUGUCCCUUAGUGCUCCCUGAGGGGGUCUGUGCUCCUGCUUGCAUGUUACUUUUGGAGAUAGCUGGACCGCUCCUGAACUGUCUGGCAUGUGUGGCUUUGCUUGUCCUCCUUAUCUGUCCAGGAAGGAGUGACUUGGUCUCUAGCACUUUUUCAGAGCCAGCAGCUGGGGCUCAUGUGUAUCUAGCAACUCCUGUGUGGGGCCAGCGAGGGCCCUGCGAGGCCAGCGGCUCCAAUCCAGCCCCACAUCGGGAGUGCCAGCUUCAGCAAGCAGGGAUGUAGGGGAUGCGAUCGGAGGGCAAGACCCAGGCCUGUCCCUGGGACUCGUUGCUGCAGGGCUGGUCUUAGGACAGUAACUCCUGCCUCUUGGGCAGCUUGCGUCUUGCAGGGAGACCAAUCUACAGCUUUUUGCGGUUGGGGGGGGGGGGGGGGUGGAGGGGAGGGAAUGAGCAGAGUAUUGCAACACUGACUGUGCUGAUGACUUGGUUUGAAAUGAGGAUACUGCAUCUUUCAGAAUUUACCUUGUACUUUUGACCGUCUUCACUGUAUACUCUCCAGUGACUUGUAUUUCCAAGCUUGGUGUUGUAAGAUGCAUUAUCAUGACUCUUCUGUUACCCUUUUCUUUCUUUUCUUUUUUUUUUUUCUUCUUUUCUUUUUUUUAAGGCAAAAAGGAAAAAAAAAAAGCAUACCCAUCCCCUAUUUUGAGAGCUCCUACAUUAACCAGACUAAUUUCUCUUCCCCACUGUCCCUUGCAGCAUCAUUGCUUGUUGACUUGCUGGUUUCCUUUUUUUUGAGAAACAAACUGAAGUAUGAAUUUUUUGAAGCUUAAUAUUUAAGAGAUUUGAGGAAAAAUGUUUACCUGGUCUGUGUAUUCUGGUUUUCUUAUCCCCUUUCUCAACCAAGAUUAGCGUUUACAUUUGCAACUACACCCCCAUUCAAAUGCAGUUUUCAACCAUUCUGAAACCAGCAGGGUACACUAGAUUUCUUAGUAGUUUUCUUAGCUGAAAUCCCAGAUGUUUUUUGUUUUUGGUUUUUUUUUUCCCUUCAGUAUAAUUUACCAGAAAGAAUUAACUGAUGCAUUUUUUUGUGUUGUCUUCCCCUUCAGUAGUUAUAUUUUGUCUUUUCUGCACAUCUGUCUACUAAUAAAAAUGUGAAAUUAAAAUAGCCCUGUAUUGUUA